UGACUAAAGCUUUCUGAGCCUCAGUUUCCUCAAGAAUAUAAAGGGUCCGAUGGUAACAGCGCCUUCCCUGGGUGGUGGUGGAGAGCUAGGGAGCCACCGCGUCCGCAGUGUAGGGCGGCCUUUAAGACGACCGUCCUGCCUGCGCUCCCCGUGCAGUGCGAAGCCUGGGGUCCCGUGCGAGAGCGUCGGGGGUCUCAAGGAGUCCGGGCUGUCAGAGGAGCCAGAGGCCAGAGCACACAGUGCCUCCGGGAUAAUGGGAGCCACGAUGGAGGAGGUACCGGGGGCUGUGCCAGCCCAGAAGGGACCUCAGCUCUGAGCCGGGCGGGGGACAAGCAGGAAGACUUCCAGGCUGAAGUGAGAUUUGGAGAGAUGGGGCAUGAGAAGCGCCUUCUAGGCAGAGAACGCCGGGGGGCGGCGCUUGAGCCUUCUCCUCGGAGAGGGCACGCUGGGCAGGUUAUCCAGCGCCUCUGUCGCUUGGGGGCCCCCCGCUCGCCACCGCGCGCGGGCCCAGAGGCCAUGGCCUGCCUCCACGAGACCCGCACACCCUCCCCUUCCUUCGGGGGCUUCGUGUCCACCCUCAGCGAGGCGUCCAUGCGCAAGCUCGACCCGGACACUUCCGACUGCACCCCGGAGAAGGACCUGACGCCCACCCAGUGUGUACUUCGAGACGUAGUGCCGCUCGGCGGGCAGGGCGGGGGCGGACCCAGCCCCUCCCCGGGGGGAGAGCCGCCCGCUGAGCCUUUUGCCAACAGUGUCCUGCAGCUCCACGAGCAGGAUGCAGGGGGCCCCGGGGGAGCCUCUGGGUCCCCUGAGAGUCGGGCGUCCCGAGUUCGGGCCGAUGAGGUGCGGCUGCAGUGCCAGAGCGGCAGCGGCUUCCUGGAAGGGCUCUUCGGCUGCCUGCGCCCCGUCUGGACCAUGAUCGGCAAGGCCUACUCCACGGAGCACAAGCAGCAGCAGGAAGGCCUCGUCGUCUUGGCCUCUCGGGGCUCAUUUUCGCCCUGGGCCACCGAGUCCCGCCAGCCAGCCCAGUGCCUCCCCUGCGCCCGCCCGCGAGCCUGCGGGUGGCUCUCGCUGAGCCUUGUGGCGCUGCGCCUCCUCUUCACAGACCUUUGGGAGGUCCCCUUUGAGGAGAUCCUGGACCUGCAGUGGGUGGGCUCAGGGGCCCAGGGCGCUGUCUUCCUGGGGCGCUUCCACGGGGAGGAGGUGGCUGUGAAGAAGGUACGGGACCUGAAGGAGACGGACAUCAAGCACCUGCGAAAGCUGAAGCACCCCAACAUCAUCACCUUCAAGGGCGUGUGCACCCAGGCUCCCUGCUACUGCAUCCUGAUGGAGUUCUGCGCCCAGGGCCAGCUGUAUGAGGUACUGCGGGCCGGCCGCCCUGUCACCCCUUCCUUGCUGGUUGACUGGUCCAUGGGCAUCGCCGGUGGCAUGAACUACCUGCACCUGCACAAGAUUAUCCAUAGAGACCUCAAGUCCCCCAACAUGCUAAUCACGUACGACGAUGUGGUGAAGAUCUCCGAUUUUGGCACUUCCAAGGAGCUGAGUGACAAGAGCACCAAGAUGUCCUUUGCAGGGACAGUAGCCUGGAUGGCUCCUGAAGUGAUCCGCAACGAGCCCGUGUCCGAGAAGGUCGACAUCUGGUCCUUUGGCGUGGUGCUGUGGGAACUGCUGACUGGUGAGAUCCCCUACAAAGAUGUGGACUCCUCAGCCAUCAUCUGGGGUGUGGGGAGCAACAGUCUCCAUCUGCCUGUGCCCUCCGGCUGCCCCGACGGCUUCAAAAUCCUGCUUCGCCAGUGCUGGAACAGCAAACCAAGAAAUCGUCCCUCAUUCCGCCAGAUCCUGCUGCACCUGGACAUCGCCUCGGCUGACGUCCUCUCCACGCCCCAGGAGACUUACUUUAAGUCCCAGGCAGAGUGGCGCGAAGAGGUAAAGCUGCACUUUGAAAAAAUUAAGUCAGAAGGGACUUGUCUGCACCGCCUAGAAGAGGAGCUGGUGAUGCGGCGGAGGGAAGAGCUCAGACACGCCCUGGACAUCAGGGAGCACUACGAACGGAAGCUGGAGCGGGCCAACAACCUGUACAUGGAGCUCAACGCGCUCAUGCUGCAGCUCGAGCUCAAGGAGCGGGAGCUGCUCAGGAGGGAACAAGCUUUGGAGCGGAGAUGCCCAGGUCUGCUGAAGUCACACCCUUCCCGAGGCCUCCUGCAUGGGAACACGAUGGAGAAGCUCAUCAAGAAGAGGAACGUCCCACAGAAACUGUCACCCCACAGUAAAAGGCCGGAUAUCCUCAAGACUGAAUCUUUGCUGCCUAAACUUGAUGCUGCCCUGAGUGGGGUGGGGCUUCCCGGGUGUCCUAAGGGCCCCCCCUCACCAGGACGGAGUCGUCGUGGCAAGACUCGUCACCGCAAGGCCAGCGCCAAGGGCAGCUGUGGAGACCUGCCUGGGCUUCGUGCAGCUUUGCCACCCCAUGAACCUGGGGGACCAGGAAGCCCAGGGGGGCUAGGAGGGGGACCCUCAGGCUGGGAGGCCUGCCCUCCAGCCCUGCGUGGGCUCCAUCAUGACCUCCUGCUCCGAAAAAUGUCGUCGUCGUCCCCAGAUCUGCUGUCAGCAGCACUGGGAGCCCGGGGCCGAGGGGCCACAGGGGGAGCUGGGGAUCCUGGCUCACCGCCUCCAGCCCGGGGAGACACCCCGCCAAGUGAGGGCUCAGCACCUGGCUCCACCAGCCCAGAUUCACCUGGGGGAGCCAAAGGGGAGCCACCUCCACCAGUAGGGCCUGGUGACGUUGUGGGGCUACUGGGAACUGGAAGGGAAGGGACGGCGGGACGGGGAGGAAGCCGGGCUGGGUCCCAGCACUUGACCCCAGCUGCAAUGCUGUACAGGGCUGCUGUCACCCGGAGCCAGAAACGUGGCAUCUCGUCAGAGGAAGAGGAAGGCGAGGUGGACAGUGAAGUGGAGCUGCCCUCGAGCCAGAGGUGGCCUCAGGGCCUGAACAUGCGCCAGUCACUGUCCACCUUCAGCUCCGAGAACCCAUCUGACGGGGAGGAGGGCACAGCCAGCGAGCCCUCCCCCAGUGGCACACCUGAAGUUGGCAGUACCAACACCGACGAACGGCCAGACGAGCGGUCUGAUGACAUGUGUUCCCAGGGCUCAGAAAUCCCACUGGACCCGCCUGCGUCGGAGGUGGUUCCUGGCCCCGAACCCAGCUCCCGACCCAUCCCACACCAGGACCUACCCAGAGAGGGGCAGGGCCCUCCCAGUGAGGACUCAGACUGUGACAGCACCGAACUGGACAACUCCAACAGUGGUGAAGCCUUGCAGCCUCCAGCCUCCCUCCCUCCAUGAAAGCCACUCUUAUUCCUGUACAUAGAGAAAUUAUUUAUAUAAAUAAUAUAUAAGCGCCACAUAAUCAACAGAGAAAGAUGGGGCUGUCCCAGCCUUAAGUCAGGCUCAAGGGAGUCUGACCCCUGACCAAUUCACCUGAUCAACUCUAGGGCUACUGGCAGCUGUGGAAAUGAAGGACAAGUACUACCCUAGAGCUGUGGGUACGGGCAAACUGGCCCCUUCCUGCUUCACCCCAUUAUGUUCAGCGAGCGGUAAGGCAAUAGAAAAGCCAGACUUGCCUCUUAUGUUCCUCUGUACUCUUUCCCCCUAACCCUGGGGAGGAGGACAGGGAGCCACUUAGACUGCACUUUUUUGUUUUCCGUUUACUCUGUUUACACAUUUUGCACUUGGGAGGAGGGAGGCAAAGGCUGGGUCCUCCCCUCUGAGGUUUCUCAGGUGGCAAUGUAACUAAUUUCUUUGUUCCUCCAUUUCUCUGCCCAAGCCCUGGCUUAGGGCCUAGGGGGAGGUUAGGAGAUUGUGAAAGCAUGUGAUGGCUCAGGCUGAAGAAAUGGGAUGAUGUUUUAAGUCCCUGCUUUUAUCCUGGUGCCUGACCGGGGUGGGGACUGUCAUAUUGUAACCCCUGUGAAAAAUCUUAAAAUAUAACCACUCCAUGCAGGCCCA